CCAUCUCAGACCCCAAAGUGGAGGUUAAGCUUAUACCCAGUCCAGACAAAGCUGAAGACUCCGAGAAAGUGGUGGGGAUGAGCUGCUCAGCAACAGGGAAACCAGCUCCAAAAAUCACCUGGCACCUUCCCAACAUCCUGCAGCAGAAACCAAAGGAGUACCACAUCAUGCUCGGCAACCAGACUGUGACUGUCAUCAGCAAUUUCACCCAUGCCCGCUCCAAAAUCCUCCAAGAGUAUCCCAUUGCCUGCGUGAUCCAACACCCUUCGCUAAACAUGACCCUGGUCCUGCCCAUGGACACCUUGGUGCAGGGUCUGGACAGCAGUGUGUCACCAGCCGUUGCAGUGGGAGUGCUGGUCUCCCUGACUUCCCUCCUCCUUCUUGCCUGCCUCCUCCACCACUGCCUCAGACACCUACGUGAUCCAGAGAGAAACCCAGCGCAGCCAUGCUGG